AUGACCCUCUCCACCAAACACGAAACAUACAACAUGGAGACCAUCAUCGAGAAACUUCAAAACCAGCUCGAGACAAUGAUGGAAUCAUUGGCAAUGGUCCAAAACGCAUACACCAGCAUCUACGAGUCAAGGCAGACUAUGAUACAGGAAACACCGGUGGAAAUGCCAUACAUGCAUGUCAUCAUCACCGAAUCCUUCAUCAAAGACCUCGACACCGUCAUCAUGCUCGACAUAUUCCAAGCGAUGCAGGAGAACAUGAAUGCAGCAACAGACCUCUACAAGAAGAUCAUUCAAGACCACAAAGCACCAUGA